AUGCAGCGAGACAAUCGCUCUCGGGACCCCGAGGGAUCUCGCCGCCGGUGGUACGAGUCUCGCGACCGUGAUCCGAGAGAUCAGGGAGAUUCGCGUCAGCAAUCAUCGCUGCCAUCGCAACAACAAUCACAACAUCCACAACAACCAUUACCGCAAAUGUAUCAACAACACUCUCAGCAACGAGCAUAUGACCCUCGACGUUAUGAACAAUCCCCUAUGUAUCAACAGUCACCACAGUAUCCGCAAUUUCCACCACCUCCCCAGCAAUAUCAACAAUCGCAACGCUACUCCAGCGCGCCGCCUCAGCCAGUGCCGGGACAUAAUCACUCUUAUCAACCACAGCAUAAUUCACAACGACCACAGACACCUUCAAGUGUUUUCUCGUCCUCGAGUGACACAUCGACAUCACUAUUAGAUAUCUCGCGAUACAAGGACACGAAACAGUUUGGUGGUGUUUUUGGCACAUUUUUUAAGGCGCCUUCGGACCGGGUCAAACAGCGUCUUCACAGAAAGAAGAAACAGAAGCGUCGUGUGCUCUACUUUGGAAACUCAUCAUCAUCUUCUGUGAACUCUGACCUAGCCUACGGACAGGGAUACGUCCGGCAACCAAAAAGCCGUACACUAAGCCCCCGAAGUCAAAGCCGUGCCUCUGGCCAAGGCUAUGCCUUUUCCCCAGGUCAUGGUCCGACUCAAGGACAUCGACGGCGCAGCUCAGGGGGGUCUGAUCGCGCAUCGCGACCCACGCCUCGGAAGAAGACUGCCGAUGAGGAGAUAAUGGCCCUUGGCCAGCAACUCUCUGACUUAGCACGGCGGUCCAAGGAAGACGAGCAACGCCUAUCCAGCCGAGGAUCAGGCAAGGGUAAGGCGGCUGCUCUAGGACUUGCAGCCGGCGCAGCUAUGGCAUCUGGUUAUGGCCGGCACAAACACGGCUCACGGGGGUUGGGUAGCUCAAAGCAGCGCGUCGAUACCUCGGAUGAUGACUCAGACUGGGAGGAUGCCUCUGACAAUGAGUCGUCUAGUAGUGAUGACGCUGGCUCAGCUGCAGACUCAGAGCUUGCAUAUGGCAUCGUCGGCGAAUCUAUCAAGCCCGCAGUCGGUGCUGCAGCGGCUGCAGGAACUGCAUCUGCCACAACCGCUAUGGCUGGGUCUAGAAGGCCCUCAGGUCAAAGCCCAAUGUUUGACUCUCGGCGAUAUGGAGACCGGGGCUCUAUCGUUGACCCUCGCCUUUUUGGCCCCUACAACUCUCUUCGAGGCUCAAUUAAUACUCCAUGUGGCUUCCGGGACGAGGAACAGGCUGCUGCAUACCGUCGCGAUUCUGCUAGCCUAGAAGCUGGUGGACCAAUUCAUAUGCGAGAUGUGUACCCCGCCCCCAUCUCUGGAACCUACCGAUUCGACGGAGAUCAGUUCCCAAUGUCUGAUGGGCGCCUGGAUUCGUCGACUCGACCCGCGCCGGUUCCCCUGCAACAGCCGGUUCCCAAGCAGGCGGUUUCAUCAAAAGUUUAUAAUGCCGAAAAAUUUGAUGACAUAAACCGCAGGGAGCCUCGGCAGCGCAAAUCCGAGCAGCCAGAUGGAAAGAGCUGGGCAGGAGUUGCUACGGCAGGUCUCGCAGCAGCGGCGGUCGGUACGGCUAUGGUGUCUUCAGCAUCCUCGCGAAAAGACAAUUCUAAGAAUCAUGAUAGUGGGGAACAUGACCGUGCUAAUCGAGACCGUCGUGAGCAAAAGCUCAUCGACCUAGAGCGCCGGAAAGCCCUAGAAGCAGAGGAGCAGAAACUCAAAGAGCUAGAGCAUGCGAAAGCCCAAGAGUUGGAACGGCGAAAAGUCCAAGAUCCGGAACGUCAGAGGCUCGACUGGGAACAACGCCUAGCCCACCAUACCCAGCGACAGGAAACAUUGGAGGAUGAGCGCGAACGAAAUGUGAAAUGGGAGCGUGACUACCGUGGAUCGGAUCCCGAGCCUAUCUUUCCCAGGUAUAACGACGAGCAAAAAUCUUCACGACGAUAUGAUCAUGACGAUACCCCCAAGGAUAGAAUGGAGAAGAAGAAUGUUGGUGUUGUAGAUGUGCCUCAAAGGGAUCAGGGCGGAGUUGAGGCAUUCCAUAUUGAAUCGGGACCGGAGUUUAAAGUGUUACAUGAACCUGUUGUUCAGGCCGACAACAGCGAGCGUGAUGCGACUCAAUAUGGCCGUGACCUUCCUCUACCUAUCGGCGCUGGCCAUCGCCCUCUAAGCGACUCAACUCAACAUGUGCAUGAGACCAUCGAUCCCUUCCAGUACCAAGUUGCGGACGAUGCGUUCACUGUGUCACAAAGAACCACACCUGGGCGCCCCCUUACACCUAAUGUUGUCACCAUUGAGCGCGAGCCUAAUUUUGAUGACUCACCGCCAAGUUCUUCAGCAGCCGACGCUCGGUUAAGCCGACGAGACUCGUUUGAGAUUGAGCGUAUGGUUGACGAGUAUCGUCGUGAGACUCACGAUCCACCACAACGUCGUGAUACCCAAGUCGGUCAUGAGUUUGAAGAGGACGAGCGAAAGGCCAAAUCUAUUCUUGAUGAGGCUAAACAUGCCACAAUUCCUGUUGCAGCUGCCGCAAUAGCAUCCGCCGUUGCAGUCGAACAUGAGCGGUCUCAAGAGCAUGGACACCAUCGCCAAUCAAACGGUAGAUCUCAAGAUGGCUCAAGAGGUCGCAAAGACACUGUGCAGGAGGAAGCUGACAGGUUCUAUCGUGAGGCCUGCAUCGCCCGAAAAAUCGCUUCUGACGAACUACGAUCUCGAAGUGCAUCCCCUGAGCGAUCUGUCGUCGACAAGUGGCAAGAAGAUAAGAAUGACCCAUUCACAAUUGUCACACCGCCGAUCAUGGAAGACAAGCACCCGGACAAGAACAUGUUUGAUGGACCAGAUGCAGAUGUGAAGAUUGAUAACAAGAUAUACCCCCGGGAAGAACGCCAUUUCCGAAACCUGGGUGAUAAUUCUUCUACUGUUGUUUUGAGGUCAAGAGAGCCUUCGCGAGAGCGUCCCGUCCUCAAUCUGAUAUAUCCUACUCCUGCUACAAGUCGCCAACACACGCCUGCUCCUCAAGCACAAGGUGUAAGGCAGGCGGAUGAUGAAGUACCCACGCCUGACGAUGUCAGCAUUCGACCUAAGGGCGAGAUCAUCUCUGCUGGCGAACUCGUGUCUGUUCCUAAAUCUGUCAGCUGGGGCGAGAAUGAGACGAAGAGCUUUGAAGUAGACACACCAGAAAACCGAAGUGAUUCCGACAAUUACUUCCCUACUGAUAAAUCGCCAGACAAGCCUAGGCCGAAGCUAAACAAGGCCAGUCGCUGGGGUAUUCUUGCCGCGGCACUGGCUGGUAGCAGUGCCGAGCCACACAACGAACCUGAUUUCGUAGUGUCAUCCAAAACCUCAGAUAUCCCCAGAAGCUUUCCGGAUGAAGCAAGCAGGGACAUCUCUGUUCACCAGGCUGAAGACGUUUCCGGUGACGAUGUGAUGCACGAACCUCCAAUCCCUGGGCCUAAACCUCCAAGCCCACAUCCUCAACAGAUGCCUGGCGGCUUUGCAGAUGACUUUGAGUUUGCUGCUACUCUUGCUGCGGGCCUGAAGGAUACUGGCUUCAACCCCGACAUCGUCAUUGAUGACCCCUCCUACAGUCGGCGUGACUCUCCUCCAGGUGUCCAAGAGGCAAACGGUGAUUUUCAUGGCAGCACAAAUGGCAGUGCCUGGUACAAGCGACCUUCCGCCGAGGCUGUUCUCGAGCCUAGAAAUGAUGACAUCCCAAAUCUUCUCCCCGAGCAAGGAUUUAUCCUCGGAGAGGUUGAGACCCCUCAGGAACCACCUUUUGAUAAGCAUGAAGGCGAACGUCACUUCGAGCCCGACUCGCCAAAGCCUGAAGAUGUGCCACUUCCUCAAGACAGUUCUGGAACUUGGAAUUCGAGCAAGCGAGACAAGUCCAACGUUGUCGUUGUUCAGGAUGAUGGAAAGAUUGAGAACAUCAAAGCGGAGCCGUCACCUUCAAGGGAGGUCGGUGAAGAGGUAUGGGAAGAUACCACUCGAAAGAGAGGGCAGAAGCAUCGUAAGCGUCACGAUCCCGAUGACAUGAGCCCAAGUAUAUCUUCUACCAAUCACUACGCAAGUGACACACCUGCCAGAGACACCAGAUCUGAUCAUGAAUCUGAGCCGAGGAAUGCCUUUGCAGAAUACGAUCGCAGCCAGAGCUUCGACGCCGCGGAUAUCGCCAAGGUAGCUGUGCCAGCUCUCGCGUUGGGUGCGCUUGCUUCCUCAAGUUCAAGAAUUACACCCUCUCGUGACGUUCGCUCUGAAGACGAGCAAGACGCUCCCAGGAAGUCGCACAAGCCUUGGAAUGACGACGAUUAUUACUAUGACGACAACAGGUCUCGUGUCUCCGCCCCUGUGCAGCCUUCGCACCAUCGCCAUUCAUCUCGAGACAUAUCCUCCCGAGACGUUCGAUCAGACGAUGAGCGAGAAGAUCACAGGCAUCCAAGCAAGCAUAGAAAGGAUCGCGAUUCUCGCGACGAUGCGAGAUAUCGGGAUUCUUCUACACUGGACCCCACUGAUCAACGGUCUAUAAGACGAUCAGCAUCUCGAGAUCGUUCAAGAGAUCAUAGGUCUAGAGAAAGGUCCAGAGAUAGGUCACGGGAUAGAACAAGAGAUCGGUCCCGAGAUCGAUCUCACCAUCGGGAUCGAUCUCACCACAGAAGGCCUGAUGAUGAUGAGCGGCCAAAAAGAUCGAAGCGCCACACCUACAGCAAUGACUCCCCAACCCGGUCAUUAGUUGCUUCCGAAAUCUCUGUUGGUAGUUCAAGCAGCAAGAGAAGCAAGAGGUCGAAACGAAGGAGUGGAGCCGAAGAGGAUUUCGACGACAGCAGAGAGAGCCCAUCGGAUCGAAGACGUGACUUGUUUGACGACCGAGAUGUUAGCUCUGUCGUAUCCGAGUCACGUGGAGAUGACCACCGGCGUGAGAGCGGACAUAGACGCAAGUCUUCGCGUUACGAUGAUGAUGACGACGUGAAAUCGGUUGCAUCCAUGCCUGGGUCAUCCCGCCGGGACAAGGAGUACAAAGAACGCAGAACCCCUGAGAAACGACCAAGCAACAGUGUUCUUUCUAGCCUCUUCAAAUCGCGCAAGGAUAAGAAGGAUUCUUUUUUAGAUAAUGCCGACACCCUUGGCGCGGGUGUCGGCUUAGCGAGUGCAGCGGCUAUUGUUGCGUCUGAUGCUGCUCGUUCCAACGCCGCUGAGACCUCAUCAGAGCACGAGAAUUCUGUCUCUCGUGAUGGCCGGCCUCGUGCGCGCAGCUUCGAACUGGUUGACCCCGAAGUCGUGCCCCGUGUUAUCAAACCAGCCAUUGACCCUCAAUAUGGCGACCUCCUUCCUUUACCUCCCAGCGAACCAACUAGCCCUUCUUCUGGCCCGGAGGAGCUACCCCCUCUUCCUGACAGCAGGCCUGACACCCCCCCCGAGGAGCGUAUCAUACGGCGGGAUUCACGUACCCAUCAGCGACGUCGUAGCGUUUUCGACACGCCCACAAAAUCACCUAGCCGAACCGCUGUUCCUAUCGCCCUUCGUUUAGGUAACAGGUCAAACCCCGCCUCUCCCGUUAGCUUCAAGGCAUCCCCCGCGAGUUCCCCUAUAACGUCUCAUUCCGAUGCCGUAGUCAUGUCAAGGCGAGCAGCUCGACCAACAUCCUGGGACAACAGUAGAGAAAUCAUGCCACUGUAUCUUCUUGAACACUCACGACACCAACAACCUACUACUGGGAACUCACCCGAAUCCGAGUUUCUCAAGCACAGUGACGAUUAUUUCGGCUCUGGUCUUGAUUUUGCCGGCCCUGAUCUUCGUGUUGAUACCGAGUUAUCGGAGCAGCAUCCUAAGGACUCUGUGGCAGGGUCUCAGGAAACAACGCCUCGCGCGGAGUUUAUGCCUACGCUUCCAGGCUCUUUCUCCUCUGAUACUGCCGGAGAGCAUGAGAAGGAACCAACAACUUAUCUCCCGAUGCCUGCAGAUGUCAUCAGCAGGGAAACGGAAACCGAUGUCUCUGCUGCACCGUUGCCCUUUGACGCUUCUGCUACGGCUGUUCCUACCACCCUGGCUUCUCAUGGUCUCUUGGAAGGCCAGCAACAAACUCGCCCACCUGCAGACACAACAGAUAACCUGGCAUCUGCUGAUGAGCAUCUCUCGGACGCUCUCGAGGGUCACCCAGAGCAGAGGUCACCUGGAGAAGCUGUGUUGAAGUCUGCCGCUGAGCCUACUAUUGAGCCUGCUACUAAGCCUGCUACUGAGCCUGUCGCUGAGCCUACUAUUGAGCUUGUCGCUGAGCCUGUUGCCGAGCCUGUCGCUGAGCCUACCUAUGAGCCUGCUACUGAGCCUAUUACUGCAGCCACGAGUGAGACUGCGCACAAUUCUUCUACAGUUUCCGCUGAGGCUGCCACGUCCAAGCAACCUGUAAAUCCUGAAGAAGAUCAAACUGUUGGUGCGAAUGAUGAAGUUCUUGAGCCUUUUCUUGCAGAUUUCUUGGUAGAGGAUAGCACCAAAGGGCUCGCAGUUAGGCACGCAGUUGAAGAUGUCACAGCCCUGUCUCCAGAACUUCCGUCAAAAGCAGUUGAGGAAGCGAGCCCUGAGAUGGUUGAGCUUUUCAAAGACCAGAACGUCAAAACUGUUAUCGACACUACUUAUGAAAACCCCGCAUUCACCAGAGCACCGGACAGCAUAUUUGCCACAGACCCCAUUGUUGAAGCAGUUUCAGGAACUGAUUCCACUACAAAGUCCGCUGCCCAACCUAUGGAAGAGAAGCGAAUUGCCGAUAUUGCUCGCGACAUCAACACCGGGAUGACCAACCCUGAUAUCGAGCCUCAAUCAGUACCAGCUGUUGUUGCCCAUAUGGAGCCUGCUACUCAAGACUCGGAAACACUGCUCGUAAACCCUGGGGACGCUGUUACCCAUCGUGCAGAAAAUGAGAUUACUACCGACGAGUGGUCAACCAUGAACGCAAAGGAUAGGAAAAACAUGAAGAAGAAACUUAAGAAGAAGGGGCUUGAACUGAUCAUCCAAGACUCAUUCAACGUUCCCGUCGCUGCUGCUAGCAAGGAUGAUAAUGCCGUCCUAGGCGACCAGGCUGUGGUAGCGAAUGAAGCUUCUGAAACAAAGCCGGCUAUGCUUGAACUCGAGCCCACCCACGAAUCUACACCUCAACCAUCUCAAGAUCCUUCUGCCGACCUUUUCGCCACUGAAGCCGCGAAGCCCCAAGAGCCUGAGGCUUCGCAUGAGGAGCAGCAUACGAUCGCACAGCCUGAAGAAGUCCAGGAAGUCGUUGAGCAAGACAAACCAGUUAAUUCGAACUUAUUGGUGGACCGGGAAGCGGAAGAGCCAUCAGGAGGGCUAGACACCGCAAUCGAAUCUAUGGUACCAUUAAUAGAGCCUGAGCCCGUAAUCGAAUAUUCUGCCAAUACUCAAGCUACCGCAGAAUCGACUUCCAUCACUGCUUCGCCUGUCGCAGAAACGGUCCUUGAAGAGCAACUGGUGUCUCCAUCCCAAAGCAAGAAGAAAAAGCAGAAGAGCAAGAUUCAACAGCCAUCCAAAGAGGAAGCAAUUUCUGUAGAGUCAACAGUCACCGAGGUUGAAGGCACAGGUCCAGCUGAAAUUUCUGAAGCUGAAAAAGAAGCGUUUGAUGCAUGGACGGAGCCAGUCGCGGUUAUUGAACCCUCUGCCGACCCAUCUGAAACAGUUGCCCAUGUUGACUCAGGUUCUGUGGCGGAAACGCUCACAGAGAUCACUGUUGAGCCUGUCGAUGCAGAUGCAUUCGAUGCCUGGACCCAACCAGAUACCAUGGCUGAAAGCCAAGAUGCUCCAGAGAAGACACAGGAUAAAUCUACAAAAGCCUCCGACCCGGCCUCCGAAUCGCCCACUGUAUCAACACAGGGUGACAGCGCCGCUACGCCCAAGUCAAAGAAGAAGAAAAAGAAGAAGAAGGGCGCCAGAGCCGAUGAUGAGCUAGUGGUGGAGAAACAAGAGAUGCCUCAAACAGGAAAGCCUCUUCAAGUUGGGGACACUGGAGACAAUGAAGUGAUUAAGGAUGUCAAAAGAAGUUCGAUGGAAGAGUCGCCCGUCGUGGUAGCCGUGCCCACCGAUGUUAUUCAAGACAAAGAGGUCCCGAACCCACAGCCUGUUUCGUCACCAAAAGAUACUGAUCAAGUUCUUGAUCGUGGAAAGGCUUCUCCAGUUGAGGCUCCCGAGCCUGGCGACCCUGAGUCAAAAGAGGAUAUCGACUAUCAUCCGACCGUUCGUGAUUCCCAGACUGCCGCCAAAGAUGCACGAAAAGACAGACAAAGUCAAGGGUACUUCCCAUCUGCUCUUCGGGCACUCCCCGCCACGGCUGGAAUUUCCGCUUUCAAGAGAAUGUGGGGAUUCCGGGACCAAGCGCAGUCACAAAAUAAAUCAAGCGAACCUGAAUCUGAUGCUCAGACCCAGCCUGAUGCAGUAAGUGCUGAUAAGUCAGUGGCAACAGGCACUAGGUCUGAUAUUGUCACACCAAAACUUGACCGUGACGUUCCCAGGGAUAAAGAGACUACUAGCGCAAGUGCUAGAAACCCAGAAGUUGCCGACGUCGAGCCAGACUUUCCCACUGUUGAUACCGCCCCCGAUACGCAUGCCAACAAAGCGAGUGGCACCACAUUAUUAGAGCCUCAGAUUUCUGAACCACUUUUCUCGCAAGGAGAUGCACCGGCAGACGAGUCUCAAGAAACUUCUUAUGGACUGAAAUUCUCCCAAGUCGACGAAUCAGUCAAGGCUACAGGGGAUGCUCACCGCGACAUCUUUGCUGAGGAUGAAGUGACUACCACCACGGACAGACAACUCACCGAGACAGCCCCAAUCUCGGCUGUUGAGGGGGACUCCGCCGAAACGUUGAAAGAUGAUGUCAUAGGUCAUCUGGCAACCAGCGUGGUGGCCGCAACAGCUUCUGCUGAUAUCAAGUCCGACGAGAUCAAACAAGAAGAUUCCUCGACGACAGCUACGGCUGAUGAUGUUAAGCCCCCAGUACACGAAGCUACUGAGGCUACGUACAAGGAUUCAACAGUGCCAGCUCGGGCUGAUCUUGGUCAGCUUGUCAAAGAAGAGCCUAUUGUUCCGGUUGAGGAUGAGCAUGUGAGACUUGAGGAAGCAGGCUCAGAAUUGAGCACAAGGCCUGUAGAAGCCAGCACUGAAGAAGUGGCCGAAGGAGAUGCCAGCAAGACAACUGAAGGAGAGAGUGCAAAGUCUAGCGCGGAAGCAAUUGGCGAAACUAACGAGGCCAACGCAACGGGAUUGAAGAAGAAGGCUAAGAAAAACAAGAAGAAGAAGAAGAACCAACCUAGCCAAGAUGAGGCUCCAGAGCAAGAGACCGAAGAUACUACGCUCGUUAAAAUCAGCCAGGAUGUAUCAGGUGCCGAAACAGUAGUAGUGUCUGGCAGAAAGAAUUUUGAUAUUCUGGCGCCAGAUCUCAUGGCUGAAUCUUCCGACUCUAUUGUUGAAAAUACUUUCCUCGACCAGAAACCUGAUGACGAGUCGACACAUGGCGUACUGGACACAUCAGGAGUUAAGGAUCGACCACAGUUUGAUCGGCCAGCCAAGAACGAAUCCUUGGAUACUGCUUCAGUGGGAUCGCAAACCAACGAACGGUUGCAGACCGAUGAUAAGUUGUCUGAGCAUGGCCAUAAGGAAAUGCUGUCGAGUGACGCCGAGCCGGCUGAACCCGAGAUCAAAGAACUACCACAGAUUGAUGACCGCUCAGCGGGGCAUCACGUUCCGGAUCAACUUGGGAUCAGAAAAGAGGCCGUUGAGCCUAAGGUCGAAGAACUAGCGCACAUCAGUGACGAAACAACUAAAUCCGAGCUGAAAGAACAGCUGCAAGCCGAUGGCCAAUCAUCUCGGCCUGAAGCUGAAGAACAGCCCCAAAUCGGUGAUGAAUCGUCUGAGGUUGUGUUUAAGGAACGAUCGCAGACCGAUCUCCCAAUGGGGCCCGAUACCGAAGAACAGACACCCGCAUUUGACAACUCGACUGUUCUUGAUAUCAAUGAUGAAUCACAAACAGCAGGUGUAUCAGCUGGGCCUGAAAUAAGAGGCGAGGCACAGAGUGAGAAACCAGUUAACGAACGUUCACUAGAUGAGCUACCACCGGCCACAGAUGAUGGUUCCCCUCAACUUGCUCUUGAUGAAGUCCUGCCACCAAGGAGACCGGAUGCUCCUCCGCUGGAAGUGGAAGCCGUCAAGGAAGAACCCUCUCUCGCAGCUGGGAACUUUGAGGUGGAGAGCGAGAAGGCAGAGAUCGAAGCUCUCCUCGAGAAGAGAGUGAGGAGGAAAGGGCGACUUUUGAAGAAGGAUCAAGUACGUCUUGCUGCUCUUGAAGAGAGUGCCGCUCAAAGGCUAGCGGCAUCAGCUGUCCCUGAAGUCCGAGAGCAAAUUUCCGAGAAACCGGCGGACAUCAGCAAUGCUGAAGGAUCCCAACAUGAGUCUGAAACAAUCGACACAUCAAAGAAGGCUGUGAGCAUUUUAGACGAUGACAGACUGCACUCAACUGAGGAAGUGCCUACCGCCAGGCCUCCCGAUGUCGUCAAAGUCCGCGCCACCGAAGUUUCGACUGAAAGUGAGACUCGAGAUAUUGGACAACCGACCGAGACUACCGAGGCGGCAACGUCUCUGCCGGCCGUAGAAGUGACCGAGGAAAACAUUGAUGUUAUUAACACGGCUGUGACUACUAAGCCUCAAGAUGCUAUAGAAGCUCCUGAAGGCAACACUUCAGAGCUGACGAGCACUAAGAAGUCAAAGAAAAAGAAGAAGAAGAAAUCGGUCUCUCUUGUUGAGAACGACGAAGUUCAAGGUGCAGCGACACAGAACAGUGAGCCGCCUGUCGUACUAUCUGAGCCCUUGCGCCUCGAUGAAUCCACAACCAGCGUCAACGAAGUACCGGUUGCUGAACCGACUCCCGAGGACGUCUCAAAUGAAGCGCCAUCAAAGGAUUCCCAACAGCCUGACAUACCUCCUGUGAACCAUCCCUUGGAGUCUGUAAACGAGAGUACGGCCAUUGAAGUCGACCCUGAAGCAAAUUCGGCUGCUAUUGUGGAAGAGGCCGAGCUAGAGAUCUCAUCCGUUAAGAAGAGCAAGAAAAAGAAGAAGAAGAAGACUGCCGCUUCUGACGAGCCAGAGAAGCAGCCUGAAGCCGAACCCACUCUCCAAGAAUCUCCCGAGUCAACUUCUAAAGACUUGAUCUCUGAUACAGCCAAGAACUCUGCUCCGCAAGAAGCACAGUCCGACGUUGGCCCGACUGCAGAGUCAAGUGGUAUGGAACCUACAGAAACGACUGCCCAUCAAGAUGAGCCGUCGGCUCCUAUGGAGUCGGAAGUGAUAAACACUGUCGAGACUACCCCAGUAGAUGAUGAGCAGACUCAGCCAGCUGAUGCCAAGACCACCGUAGAAACCCCUUCUGCCAAGGAGCCAACACCAGCCACCGACAAGCCUGAUAUUGUAGCACCCGAUGAGCCUCCCUCCGAAAAUCCUCCCGAAGUCGAGGAACCCGAUUCACCGGCGAAACUGUCAAAGAAGGACAAGAAGAAAAAGAAGAAGGCCGAAAAGAAGAAAGCUGCUCUUGAAGAAGCCCAGGAAACUGAAACUGAGGCUGGCCUUGCUACCUCUUCUCAGGAUGCUGACGUUUCGGUCGAUACUGGAAUCAAUGUCCCAGCCGAAAAUCCUCAAGCCGCGCACGAUGAGACCCCUAAGCAGACCGAUGAAAACGAGACACCUGAUAGCGCGGUUCCUUCGGAGGAUAAAAUGACUCCUCCAGCCGACCAUAUCAAUGUACCAGAUACCGGUAAUUCUGGAGAGCUUCCAAGCGAAGAACUAGCUGGUUCUGAAGACGAGCGGGGUGGGUUAAGCCUCAGUCAAUCCCAGACCGACCAAAAGAAGAAGGCUAAAGACAACGAUUUUGAAAUCCUGCAGGACCCCGAGACCAACCGCCCAACGGAGCCGGAGAUGAUUCCGGAUCCGGAAAAGCAGGACGACGCCGCCGCCGCCGUGGAUAAGGCACAGAGCCAAGGAUCUACGGAGGGCACAAAACGGAAGGAGGACACGAGCAUAACUGGCGACCUUGAAGCCUAUGUCGGGUCCGGGACGAAGCUGAAGCCAGAAUCGGAACCGGGACGGGAACUAGGAGACAGAAAGGAAUUUGCAGGCUUGUCAAAAAAACAGAUCAAGAAAUUGAAGAAAGUCCAGGCUCUGGCUGCUUUGGAUUCCUCCCCCAAACCACAGACGCCCAAGGAAACCGGAGCCUCUGAAGAGGCACGAUCGGAACCAUUGGCUGAAGCUGGAUUGGAAUCUGAAUCAAAGUCCCAGGCUCAAUCCGAACCUGUUGCUCAAAGCUCUACCGAGGCAGAUCCAGAGCCUGACUUUAAGGAUGAGAAAGAAAGACUCCCGGAGAUCGAGGAGAUUGUACCUAUAAUUGAGCCCAUCAUUGAAGCUGAAUCUGAGUCCAAAAAUGAGACUCAAUCUCUGGACAACAACAAUAGUCACUCUCCGACUGGACAAGCGAUUGCCAAGCCUGAAGCUGAUGGCGCCAUUCAGGGAUCACAACUUGACUCCAAGCAGACAACCUCUGGACAGGAUAUCAUUGUUCCUGCGUCGGAGGUUGAUCCUGAGGAUCAAGUUGCUAAUUUUGGUAAAGACCCAAUUACUAACAGUGCAAUUGAGCAGAAGAGCGUGGUGGAAAUCGAUGCGUCAUUAGAGUCUUGGGCUGUGCCAAGACAGACACUCAGAAAAUCUGUUGAUACGAUUGAGGUCUGUGGCUCAGAAUUUGAGGCGGGAAAAGAGGCCGAUGCCGCAACCAAGCCAAAUUUCACGGAAGAGCUCAUCCAAGAAGAUCCCUCGCCCUCUUUCGAAAUGAAGAAUGAUACAACAGACAGCACACAUGCCAGCCUAUCUGAGGAAGCUGCCGCUUCUACGGUCUUCGAAUCUCCUUUGUUGAAUGAGCAUGUAUUGACAGACGCGCCUGUCGGAUCCGAGGAUGAAAUUACUCCAGGACAAGCGAUUGACGAUAAUACUGAGUCUAUUCCACAGCUUCCUGAAGCUUCUGCAAACUCCUAUUCGGACCUCGACUCUAUCGGCGGUAACACUGAUGCUCUACGUGGUUUCAAAAAAGGCGAAACAGAUCAUACCCGGGAACUCAGUGUCACAAACACAGCUGCUUCUGAUAUCGUUGCCUAUGAUGUCUUCACGUCCUCACCACAGCAGAUUGCAACGAAGGCAGUUGAAUCAUCUCCCCUGGACAUAGAGUCUUUCGAGGACCACCCUUCGCCGCCGGACACCGCUGAACAAGCGUCUGAGCGUCUGGAAAUUCCUGAUAUUCCCGCUCAGCCCAACUGGCCAAACUCAACUUCUCAACAGGCUCAUGACCAGUCGCAUGCUUCGCCUAUCUCGCUCACCGUUCAAGCGAUUACCGGUGCAUCCAGUUCAGAGAUAGCACCUACAGCUACUUCCGUCUUUUCAGAGAAUUCAGCAGACCCCAACCACGGUAUGACCGGGGCCCUUGAAAGUUUGUCUGCAGCCGAGAAGAAGGAGUUGACGAAAAAGAAAAGGAACAAGAAUAAGCAGGAGGGCCUCCAUGAAGAUGCCCAUCAGGUGGAGGAGCCGAGCAAACCCGCAGAUGUCGACAUCGCUUCAAACCUCGCAGUCGUUCAUAAGUUGCCAACACCUGCAAAUCCUCCAGCAGACUUCGUGAAACCUCCUGCAUCGACGUCUGACCCAAGAGCAGGAUUGGGAAUAUCUGAUUCCCCUGUGUCUGCCGCAGUAUUCCAAUCCACGAUCCCUCUUCAGAUUACUGCCGACAUAGAAAAUGAGGAACAAGAUCAAUUUACGAAGGAGAUGACGACAAAGGCCUCUUCCGAAUCUCAUCAUGAAGAAUCCUCUUCUGAGCCAUCUCAUAGGCUUGCUAUUUCUCAUCGCGCACUCAAAGCAAUGGAUGGUGUAGGCGUCCAAGAUUUCGAACCAGUCAAUGAGGCCGAUGAGAACCAAGUGGCCGAGGGUCUCGCGACGGCGCAUCCGCGGUCUCGACAAACACCGGUGUCGAUUUCGCCUGAUUCUCCAAACCAGGUGAUGGACACCACAGGCGAUGAAUGCCCUCAUUCCUCAGGCGUUCAGCAAGCUGAGAAUGAGUUUACCGUCGAGGAGUGGGCAGCCUUUUCUUCCAAGGACAGGAAGAAGAUGAAAAAGAAGCUGAGACAGAUAGGUCUCGACCCAAUCAUUCAGUCUUCCUUCGAACCAACUCAUUCAACUGGCAAACCUCUGCCUGAACCUGCGUCUGAAACUAGCCUUCCUACAUCUCAAAUUGAACCAGUCAGUGGUAGUAGUGGUGGACAACUUGCGGAAGAUCCGGAGGCGUCAAUGAUAUCUACCAAUAAAGAUAAUAUUGGGAAGAAAACGACAUUCGAGGUUCUCAAUGAUGGCAUCCACGAGGGCAUUCUCGCAGACGCAGUACCUGCACCUGAGACACGAACAAUCCGCGAGACUACACCAGAUCAACAAAAGCCGCUGAAUGGUGAUACGGGACCUUCUCCUACACAGGGAAUCAGGAGGGAGCCGAGCAAUGACACAAAUACGGAUGACGAAGCUCAGGCUUUGACCGAGACACAAACCAUAGCAGAGACAUACGCAUUUUCUGGAAAAGAGCAACACACGCCUAGUGUGCAGGAAGAUGUUCAUGGUUCUCUAGCGCCCGAGAAUGCAAACAAACAUGAGCCGGGAAGCGAUGGCGUGCCAAUUCUAUUGUCAAAAUGGGAAUCACCGCCGCUGAGUAAGGUGGAUCAAGAAGUGAGAACAGAACAGCCUACUAGCCAAGCACCUCCAGAUUUGGAACACUCGUCCAAAUAUACUCGAGAGAUCGAUGUGGGACUUGUCGGCGCUGCAUAUGCAGUAGAGACGCUGCCACAACAGGAAACAGCAGAAGCCAAUGAUGAGGUGGCAGCAGUUCUAGCAUCUGAACUUUUGCCAGAGGAGAGCAAGGAAAUUGAGGAACACGAUGAGCCUGCCCUUGUUCCAGCCGAGAAUUUCGUCUACAGCGAUGGCCCAGCCAAUUCUACUAGGGCUGAGACGGACCGCGAAGCUUGCCUUCAUUCUGCUGAGCUUGCUCAGAAGCAUCAAAUUGACGGCAAACCUCGGGACGAGUAUGGCGCGGUUCCGUUCGCUCCAUCAAUAGGUCACUCCCCAACCAUGAGCGACCAUCCAGCGCCUGGAGCUUCACAAGAAUCCCCCAAACAAGCGAUGAGCCUUGAUCCGGCUGAAGUCAGUAACAUUGAUAACUCCGCUGAGGUUUCCAGGUCCCAUCUGGACACAGAAGGAAACUCUAGCUUACGAGCCGUUCCUGUCAAAAAGCCUGAUGAAGCUAUGCACACAGGCACACUCACAAGCUUCAAGGAUCUGGAGUUGUUCGAGUCAACGGAACCUCCGCACGAUGUCACCACGCGAUCAGCGACAGAUAUCCCUGAUUCGAGAAAGAACACCUUGGAUGUUUCUCUACUUGAUGCACAUGCUGAGCUGUUCCAAGAAGGUCUUGUCGGCAUUAGACCAGCCGAUGAGAAUGCCAUACUUCCAGAGAAGAAAGAACAGGAGAAGCGGCCAAAGCUGAAUUCGGAUACUACUCCUUUCGUACUAAGCGAUGUCAACAAAGGCUGUGUAGUCUUGGAAGAUGCCCAAACACAACAGGAAUUUCAAAACCAGCCAAAGCCUGCUGAUGCAAUAUUGAACAAUCCUCGUGGAACCAAGCCAGGAACCGGACUUCUGACCACUGACCAGGCUAAAGCAGCACCAGCCGAGUCGGGCGAUAUCUUCUCGGAGCUAGAACCACCAUACGGGGUAAUGCCCAUGACAGCCGCAACUGAGAUCGAAAGUAACUGUCACCCCGCUAUGCCUGACGAAUCAAAUCUACCAUCGAAGCAAGUUGAGGAAGCUGCUCAGAUGGAAGACUCAAUCACAUCGCAUUCCCAGAAUGAUAAGAACACAAAGACGGGCUACGCUUCUGAGACGUUAAUCACAGAAGAGAAAGCUUCCCAAGAGCUAGCAGUCCGGAAACGCAUCGACUUCCCCGGAGCUUCUGGCGGCAAAUCGACUCUGGAUGAUUCAGAUUUCGAUGAUAUGGCCCAAGUAGUUAUGUCCAACCUCUCCCUUGUGCCGGAGACCUCGGAGACCGACCAGGCACCGUAUCAGGCCACACAAGGAAAGCAGCACCUCGAAAGCAAAUACAGGGAUGACUCUGUUGUUGAUUUCAUCAUCGCCCAGAAGGAAGAAGCGCAUGUCCCUCUUCAAGAUUCUGGUACUGGAAAUUUCACUGUCAAAACUGCACAAAGUCCUCCGACAUCGACAGGUAGAUCUUCUGCUUUUGGCAAAGGCGGGCCGUCACUGGCGCAGGUUGAGGCAAAUGCAUCUAUUGGACCCUCACCAGGACAGCUCUCUGAACCUUCACCUGCUGCCGCAGAAGAUCCGCUCGUAAAAUUAGCCCUAAAGAAAAAGAAGCAACGGCAAACGAAUCAUGAAUCUCUCGAGGCAGCAAGAGAAGGGAAUCAAGGACUGCUAUCUAAUCAAGCUAUUUCUGGCCACCCUGUCAACAAACAACUUCUCUCAGAACCGAAUGCCCUAGCUUCCAAAGAGCUUGUGACAACGGAAGUGUUAGACGAUACACGGCCAAUGCUGGUGAAGACGGAAUCUGAGAAUAAGAAAGAAACAGACAAGCAGCCGCAGGACGGUGUCCUGGCCCAUUCCGAGGCUUUUCAGCCCCAAUUGGUAAUCAAAGGUCAGCCAGAUAGAGCCGUUCAAGCUGCAUCAGGUCCUGGAACAAGUGAUAACGCUCCUGCUCCGACAAAAGAUAGUUGCUUAGGCCCGAAAUCCCCUUCGGCAACUCCCACCCUGCAACAUAUUCCCGCAACUACACUUGUCCAUGAGACAGCGGACGAAAAUACGGAGAUGACGCCAGCUUCCAAGAGCCAUUCGAUUACGGCUUGGCCGGAAGAGAUAAAAUCGAGUGGAGAUGUACCUUCUAGAGGCAUGGCCUCUGAAGAGAGAAGCAACGCCUCCAAUGGGCCAUCGAGUUUGACAGCGACAGCGACAGAGUCGCCUAACAUCAAAUCGGUUGACAAGUCGUUGAAUAAAGAAAUGAAGAAAGCCCAGAAAGUAGGGUUGGAACCUAGAUCCGCUGGACCAUCAGUCUCUUCGGAACAUGGACCUGCCAUUGAUCGAGAUGCCCAGUUCUCUUUUGCAAAUGAUGCAACACAGCUGAAAGAGACUGACAGAUCAUUGCCACAACAAACCUUCGAUGCAAAGGAGGGAAAGACGGCCUUGACAGAAAGCGAGUCCACUUCCAUGUUUCCAAAGGGAUCUCCUGAUGCGAACCCGCAAGCCAUAAAAGAACCUACGGAACAGCCUGUACGCUCCCCAGAAGCUACAGCCGCCACCUCAGAGGUUUUGAAAGAUGAACCAGACCCGCACAAAUUGAGCAAGCCCACUACGUCGACUUUUGCUGGGAUGAUGGCAGCCACUGCCGCAACGUUCAGCUCUGCCAUGUUCGGGAACUGGGUAGAGGGUGACAAGAAUAAAGGGGCAAGACAAGAUGAAAAGAAACCCGAAAGCAGGGAUAAGACCCUGGAAAAAAGGAAGAAGGAAUCGCAAAAUGAUGAGAAAGCAGCAACAAAGGGCCCAAAUGACACCAAGUUACCUGCGGAAGCUAUCGACAAAAGGAUACAGGGAGAAACCCCAACGCACCGAGAAGUCCAGGAUGCGAGGAGGAAGAGGCCAGAAAAAGACUUCGCUAGUGGCAGUGUUGAUCACAAUGAAAGGCACCAUAACAUUGUUACAGAUGCUAAAGACAAGAGCGAACUGGCAGAGACAAAACCAAAAGCUUCAAAAAAGACAAACAAGGUUACAUCGUCUGCUCACGAGACGUUGUUCGAUGCGCCAGGAAAGAGUAGGCGCUCAGAAAGCUACGAGGGACCAUCGCAAGUUCUUAGCACAUCGAAAGCUCCUUCAACGAACCCGAAGAAAGAGCACAAAUCAACUUCGCGGCAAUUAUGUGCAGAAACUUCAGACACGAUAGAAAGUCCGGUGCUUGGCAAAGGAGAGUUGGAGCUUUUGAGAAGCUCCCCCCAGCCUCUUCUUCGUCGUGGAUCUGACGUUGAGGAGCCUAAGAGCGGUCUGUUACGAGAGGAUAGCAAGACAUUUACACCACUGGUGGGAUCGGAUUCGGAUAUUAGUGACAUACGCCGAUCGCCAAGCAGACUCUUAGAGCCAGUCCCAGAGGUUCCCGAGGCCGAAGUUGAACCCGCCAAGGAUGCGUUCUCAACACCAGAAGCCAAACGCGACAGCGCUCCUGUUGGCGAGGCACUGAGCUUCCAGAGACGAAGUAGACGCUCGAGCGAAGAGGCACAUCGUGACAGUGGAUUCGGAGGGGAAUUAGCCAGUCUAAGGCGAAGCAAACCUGCUAGUCAAGAGGCCUCACGCGACAGUGGGUUACAUACCGAAGACUGGGCUGAAAGGGAAAGUCAGAUACAGCCAGUUGCAGACCGCGCGGUGUUGCAAACUCCUGAUCCGCCGAGCGAGCGAAGACUUCGUCGAUCCCCGCGAGGUACACCGGUAUUGCGAGAGCCUGCAGCACCUGGACCAACACCGGAGCCAGAAAAGAAGAAACAAUAUGGAGCCCUAACUCCAGCUGGCACGGCAGUUGCCGCCGUAGCAGUGGGUGCGGGCUUAGCGGCAGCCCUACGAGGACCCGAGCCUUCAACACCAGUUCCGAUUCCGACUACGAGUCCCAACCCGAUCCUAUCAUCAGUUUCUGGUCAGAGAAGCGCUUCAGACGAUGCCACUCCUUCUCGUCGGUCAACACCUCGUCUCGAGGGUUCAGGACGUCGAACUGUCUCUAACACCAGCCUCUCUCGGCGUCGGACCCCGGAGCCGCUUAAGUUGAGGCCUGAUAGCCCAGGCAUCAACCGCUCCUCAGGCACCCCCACACCGCCGCUCCGCCGUGUUGACAAGCGAAUGAGCAGUGAUUUGCGGGCUCUUCGUCAACAAAACACCACCGCCGCCGCACCCGUCAGUUCCACGCCUGUCGCAAAUGAGGGUCGCGCCCGUGCCAAGGACAUGGCCGACGUCUAUGAUGGCUUUGGUGAGGGUCGCAUCGGCUCACCCCGAUCACCAACCCGGCCACACAGCAUGCGGCGCCGACAAAGCAUGCAGGUCCUUGAACUCGAGAAUAAGGUCGAGCAGCUAAUGGCCGAGAACCGAAUGCUCACCGAAGCCCGUGCUAUGGCUGAGACGAGCCUUAGUCAACGAGCCGCCAGCAGUUUAGCCGAUCGCGAUGCCGAAAUCGACAAUCUCAAGCAGUCAUUACAAUUUCUUCAGAACGAAGUCUCUAGACUUUCAGAAGUUAACGAUGGUCUUGCAAGCGCUAACGCCGAGCUUGCAAGUAAAGACAAUGGCCAUGUAACUGAUCUUGAGAGUCGCAAUGCCGCUGUCGCGCGUGAGCUGGAGGAAGCUCGACGCGAAAAAGGCAACACUGAACAGUCUCUUGAAGCAAAGGAUGCAGAAAUUGCCGAGCUUCGUGCCAAACUUGAUUCUGCUAAGGAGAAAAUUCGUGAUCUUCAACGCCAGAUUUUAGAAGCCAAGGCUGGCGACGAUCAUUUUCUCAAUAUCCGCGACGAGGAUCAUUUUGACCAUCGUUGCCAACAACUGUGUUCCCAUGUUCAGCAAUGGGUACUUCGGUUCUCCAAGUUCUCUGAUAUGCGCGCCUGCCGCUUAACAAGCGAAAUAAAUGAUGAGAAGACAAUUGAUCGACUCGACAACGCCGUACUCGAUGGAUCCGAUGUCGACGUUUAUCUUCGGGACCGCGUGAAGAGACGCGAUAUCUUCAUGUCCAUGACCAUGAAUAUGGUCUGGGAAUUUGUCUUUACCCGCUAUCUUUUUGGCAUGGAUAGAGAGCAGAGGCAGAAGCUCAAGUCACUGGAGAAGCUGCUGACCGAAGUCGGCCCUAUCGAAGCGGUACGCCAAUGGCGCGCCGUUACCUUGACUUUACUGGCGAAGCGCGAAAGUUUCAAGCGUCAACGUGAUCUGGACACAGAGGCCGUUGUUCAGGCCAUCUUCCAAACACUGUGUAAGAUACUCCCACCACCGUCGAACUUGGAAGAUCAAAUUCAAUCUCAGCUGCGACGUGUCAUGAGAGAGGCUGUUGGUCUCUCGAUUGAGAUGCGGACGCAAAAAGCUGAAUAUAUGAUGCUGCCGCCUUUGCGCCCUGAAUACGACGCGGACGGUGAACUAACCGCGACAGUUCAAUUCAACGCAUCAAUGAUGAAUGAACGAAGCGGCAGCAUUACAACCUCAAAUGAAGACCUUGAGGCACAAGGUGCCAUAGUUCGGGUUGUGCUUUUCCCACUUGUAGUCAAAAAGGGAGAUGAUAAUGGCAAAGGCGACGAAGAGAUAGUGGUAUGCCCUGCACAGGUUCUUGUGCCCCGCUCCAAGGGUCUGUUUGGCGGCGCAAGUGAUGGUGGAAGCACUUCCAUCGGUGCUCGGAGUCAUAUUAGCCUUGUGACUGAGACAAUGGGUCAAACUGAGGUAGAUUAUGUAGAUUAA